GCAUAACUAACGCUGUCAGAAUAUACUACUUGAAUAAGCAUGAAGAUUGUUAACAAAGACGAAGAUAAAAACGAAAGUUCUGACGAUGAUAGACAGCAGGAAAAGAAACCAUCCAACCCCCACUAUCACCAUCUCCAACCCGAAGACACAGACAUGCACGGACACAGGUGCUGCUGGCCACCUGCCAAGAUGACCUACUUAGUGCUGGUAUGGACAACUGUCACAUGCCUCUGCUGGACAUCAGGUUCUGCUCAGGUCCCUGUCCGUUACCCCAAGAUCCACGACAGCGAGGCGCUGGCCUGUGGGUGUCACGAGAAGAACACCUGCGAACUCUUCCUGUGGUUCCGCAGCCGGGAGAAUGGAAGCAAGCUGCAGUUCCUGGUGAGCGUGAACAACGCUGACCGCAAUUACACCAACCCAGGCUUGGACAAGACCCGCUUCAUUGUCAAGAUGAACGGCGCCAAGUCGACGCUGCGCAUCGCCAACUUGAAGCGGGAGGACAGUGGCGUGUACUCCUGUGUGUCGAAGAACAAGCAGGCGGCGGGCAUCGGGGCUCCGGGGGUCCUUCUGCUGCCUGGAGUGACCCCUCCAGAACCCACGCCUCAACCCACAUCUAAGCCGGUCUGCAGGUGCCCGGAGAACAGCCAUAAACUGCACCCAAAGGGCUGUGGCUCCGAUGCCCUGUGGCCAUCGGUGGGCAUCCUGGCGGGCUUGGCCCUGGCGCUUCUCGCCACACUGUACUACUUCAGCCGGUUACCCAAGAAAUGCCGCCACCACUUUGUAAAGAAAGAGAGAAGAUGAGACUAAACUAAACCAAUCGAUCUAAAGCUCACAUCAAACCGUGUUGGUUUUGUACCCCAUGUAUAGAAUUCAUGCCCCCCAUGGUUUUUGAAUGAUCCUAAUACCACGGCUAUGCUAAGUGAGUGCUUAUUAGAGACUUGUACCAACUUUGAAAAGUACCACUGAGGUUGAAGUGACUGAAGUUAUUUCUGUAUGUAAAUAGAAUUUCUUGUAAGUACAAUGAAUGUUCCUCUUUUGUAUUGACACAUUUAUUAAAAUAUUUAAAAUCACAAUUUGAAUGUAACGACUCUUGUCCAUUUUAUUCAUUGGUCUUGUUUGGGGCUUUUCAUUCAUUUAAAAUGUGUGGAAGACAUUUGAAUCAAUCUUAAUAUUUGAUAAAGAGAGAGAUCAUGUUAAAGACUUGAUGAAGAUAAUUCAUUGGCAGUGCUUG